CAGUUUGUUUCUAAAUUAGUCAGAACUAAAAAAAGAUCUAAAAAUAAACACUCAAUCUUGCUAAAAAUGCUUGGUACUUCUGGUGAAAAUUGCCGCUUUACCAACGACAAAAUAUACGCACCGUAAUUGACCACGUCAGUGCUCGUCAUCAUCUGGGAGAUAGUCUACAACACCUGGCCACCGACAAUCGCAGGUGGCGCGGGAUUUUCGACGACGACAAGUUAAACCAAAAGCUGCGAAGUGCUGAAGCAAAACGAAUCAAAGGAACAGAAAACCUCGACAAAAUGCAAAUUCCGUACAUGAAAGUGGCGAUCUAUUCGCUUACCUUCCUGACGUACGCGUAUACCGGCUACGGUUCGAAUAUGAUAGCGAAUCUGCGCGAUGCCAUUAUAGCGGCAGAAGCCGUCUUUGGCGAUGUGAUGAAAAACGUGUUGCAUGUGGCAAAGAAGUUUAAAGUCGUCCACGAAGUGUUUGAUGCGGCGGUAGAGGAGAACUGUGUGUAUAAAUGUCCUGGCGAUAUAACACCCGCACGCAAUAAGUUCUACAUACCGCAAUCGGAUGGAUGCGGAUCUUUGGGGAUGAAAAUCAGUACCGAGUAUCUGCCAGCGGUAGAGAUGGAACAGUGCUGCAAUGCGCAUGAUAUCUGUUACGAUACGUGCAACAGCGACAAGGAGCUGUGCGAUUUAGACUUUAAGCGCUGCCUAUACCGGUACUGCGAUGACUACGAGAAGAAUGUUGUAGGCGAUAUUGUUGUCAAAGGUUGUAAGGCGGCCGCAAAGAUGCUCUUCACCGGUACGCUUACCUUGGGCUGCAAAUCAUACCUGGAUUCACAGCAACGAUGCUGCUAUUGUCCACCGGAAAAGGCAGAAGGACCUAAACCAAGUGAAGGGAAAUAUAACGAACCGAAGGGGACAAAGGACUAUGGGAAGGAACGGGACAAAGGGAAGGAAAAGAAUAAAUACGGCUGGAAGGAGCUGUAGACGGUGCGACAGCAAUGAUCUGAGUGUACAUUCAUCUCAGCAAAACAUACAUGUAUCGUUUAGGUCUGUACGAAACUGUGAUUAGAAUAGCGAAGUUGUACCGGCACUUCGUAGUGGUUACCAUCCGUGUGAAAUAAAAAGACUACCAACCCAUCAACAUCCUCGUAGCAGUAGAAUCAAAAACUCAUUCCGUUCAGGUG